UGCAAACAUGUUUAUGAACAAUGUUGUUAAUAAAUACGACAAUGAACCCUUAUAAAUUAUUUAUUUUCCAUUAGGGAUAUUAUAAAUUUCCUUUAAUUUUUAUAUGAAAAAUAUAAUGCAAACAAUGAUAAAAUUUAUUUGUUCACCUGUCUUCUUACUUCAGUUUACUAAAGAUUUAAAAUAAUACAAAUUAAACAUAGUUGAAACAUGUUAGCCAACAAUCCUAUAAUAGAAAUAAAUAUUGAAUAAGUUAAUUUAGGUUACUAUUUAGAAUACAGGUAGGUAUAGUUCUGAAAGUGAAAUCAAACUGUUUUUGAAAGUCUCUAUUGUGUUAAUUAGUGAAAUGGAAAAAAAUUGCGAACAAGUUCCAGAAGGAGGCUGGGGAUAUCUUGUCAUGGUGUCGGUCUUUAUAGUUCACUUGACUGCAGUCAUACCAUUUAGUACUUUUGGUCUAAUUUUUGGAGAUUUUAUGGCAUCUCUAGGAAAUGAAACGUCUGGUACCACUUUAGCACUAUCUAUAGCUAUCGCUUGUAGCUGCAUAACAGGAUUCCUGUCCAGUUUUUUACUAAAAAAGUACACGUAUCGCCAGGUUGGAUUCACAGGAGCAUGCAUUCAGUGUCUGUCAAUGGUUUUAGUACUUUUUGCUAAAAAUUUAUUUUUAUUUAUAAUUAGCUAUUCAAUUAUGGGAGGUUUAGGAUCUGGUUUGAUGGUAACUGCAGCUUUCUCAAGUCUUAACGAAUAUUUUCACAAGAAGUUGAAUCUUAUAGCGGGAGUGGCUCAACUAAUGAUUACAGUUUUUACCAUGAUAUAUCCAUUAUUGAUAGCUUAUUCCAUGAAAAAUCUUGGAUUCUUCUAUACCAAAGGAGUUUUGGUUGUUAUCAGUUUCUCAAAUAUAUUUGCUGCUUGGGCACUUCAUCCUGUCGAGUGGCAUAUUAAACAUUUUGAAGGACGAGAACUUCUACAAGAAACAAAAUCUACUUUAAAUAACUGCAAAAAACCAUUAUUAAGAGAAGAAGGAGAAAGGGAAAAAAUCAUACAAUUAUCAGAAGCUACAAAGCCAAAUGAAGACAUAAACAACAAAACUUCAACACUCUCGUUACUGAAGUCUCCGAAAUUUUUAAACAUUGUCAUUGGAUGUGCCAUCUGUUUCAGUUCAGACAAUUUAUUUAUUGGUUUAAUUCGUCUCGUUCUUAAUGAUUUAGGAUUUAAUAUUUUAGACAUAGCUACAAUGAGUAUGGUGCACUUCGCAUGUGACCUCGUUUCAAGAAUUAUCUAUGUCGUUGUAAGUGCUUUAUAUCCAAUCAAAAAUCGGUAUGUGUUCUUUGUUGGAACGCUGGUUACCAUUGUUUUUAGAAUAGUAUUUGUGUUACAUGACAACUAUUUGUGGCGAAUAUUGAGUUUAGCAAUUUUGGGUUUUGCUAGAUGUUGCAUACAAACUCCAUACUCUCUGGUAUUGUCUGAAGAAUAUCGUGACGAUUUUUCUACUGCACUUGGUUUAUUUAUGUUAGCUAGUGGUAUAAUUUCAUUAAUACUGGGACAAAUAACAAAUUAUGUGAAGAAUUUCACAAAUAAUGAUGCAAUGUUUCUACAAGUAUUUACUGUCGCAAUGAUCAUAACUGCUAUUUCAUGGAGUAUAGAAUUUAUUUACAGACUAAUAAAGAAAAAAUAAUUGUUGGAUUUUAAAAAUAAAUGUUAUGUUUCA